AUGAGUUUUCUCAGUGAACUGUUAAAGCAAAAAGACAAACUGAAAGAAACUGACACAAUAGUGACUAAAGUAAAUGGGCAAAGAUAUGUACAGAGGGGUAGUGAUGAGAAAAAUACUGAAAACCUUACAUCGUGUUAUGGUUUCGUUGUUGACACAAAACCUGAUAAUGUUCCUGUGUUAGUCAUAGACAAUUUAUAUAUAGGAUCACAAGAUUGCACUACUGAUUUUGUUAUAGAUGCCAAUAAUAUUAAACAUGUACUUAGUUUAGGUAUAAAUGUAUCUGUAAAUGUGAACCACAAAUAUAUAGACUGUUUAGAUUUGCCUGAAACAGACAUAAAAAAAGUACUAAGACAAGGUAUACCAUUCAUAAAACAAGCGAUUGAUAACAAAGAUAAUAUACUAAUACACUGCAACGCAGGUGUGUCUCGUACUUCAAUGAUGGCUAUAGGAUACUUGAUGCAUUGCCAAAAUAUGGAGUUUGAGGAUGCAUACAAAUUAGUGAAAGAGAAACGACCUGUCAUACAACCUAAUGCCGGUUUUAAGAGGCAAUUGAUGGCUCUAAAGCCAGGUCAGGUUAUUUAG